AUGCCUAAACUUAUCCUGUACGAGGCGACCCAAUUCCAGGGAAAAACCCUUCCCCUUACCGAAGCUACCUCCAACUUUUUUCCUCUCGGCUUCAACAAUAAAUCCUCCUCCAUUGAGGUCAAGAGUGGUGUGUGGACUAUCUACGAGGCUGUCAACUACGAAGGGAGCAGCCUCACUCUAAGGUUGUACGAUGAUACUCAGAGCUUGAUUCCGCUCGAUUUAAACAACUGUGUCUCCUCUAUUGAGGUGACCUUUGGUCAAUGGUCAGUGUACAAUCACGUCGACUACCAAGGAGCAAGACUCGAUCUGAAUGUCGGAAAGUACGACAUUGACUACAUCACCAAGAAUCUGGGAAAUGAUGUCAUCUCUUCCGUGAGACUGAGAAAAAUGCCCACACUUAUCCUAUACGACGCACGCCAAUUCCAAGGAAAAACCCUUUCCCUCACCAAAGCUGCCUCCAACUUAAUUCCUCUCGGCUUCGACAACAAAGCCUCCUCCAUUGAAGUCAAGAGUGGUGUGUGGACUAUAUAUGAGUCCGUCAACUACGAAGGGUACAGGCUCACUCUGGGAGUUGGAAAGUACGAUUUCAACUUUAUCGCGGAGACAAUUGGAAGUAAUGUCAUAUCCUCUGCUAGACCUGCUGAGAUAACCCUGUACGAUGCUGCCGGUUUCAAAGGUAAAACUCUGAAGUUGUACGAUGCUCAGAGCCUUAUUUCGUUGGGUUUUAACAAUAUUAUCUCCUCUAUUGAGGUCACCUUUGGUGAAUGGUCAGUGUACACGCAUUGCGACUACCAAGGAGCAAGACUCGAUCUGAAUGUCGGAAAGUACGACAUUGACUACAUCACCAAGACUCUUGGAAACGAUGUCAUCUCUUCUGUGGGACUGAGAAAGAUACCUAAACUUAUCUUGUACGACACUGGCUAUUUUCAGGGGAAAGUUCUUCCUCUUUCUAAAGCUACCCCUAACUUCACUCCUCUCGGCUUCGACAACAAAGCCUCCUCCAUUGAGGUUGAGAGUGGUGUGUGGACUGUCUACGAGUCCGUCAACUACGAAGGGUAUAGGCUCACUCUGGGAGUUGGGAAGUACGACUUCGGAUUUAUCUUGGAGAAAAUUGGAAGUGACGUAAUUUCCUCUGCUAGACCUGCUGAGAUAAUCCUGUACGAUGCUACCAGUUUCAAAGGGAAAAGCCUGAAGUUGUACGAAGAUAUUCCAAGCUUUACUCUGCUAGAUUUUAAUGACGUUGUUUCUUCUAUUGAGGUCACCUUUGGCGAAUGGUCAGUGUACGAUAAGGUCAACUACGAAGGGAAAAGCCUCACUCUGAAAGUGGGAAAGUACGACAUUGACUACAUCAAUAGUAAUCUGGGAAACGAUGUCAUUUCCUCAAUGAGGCCGACAAUAACUGCUUGAAGAGAAUAUGCAGAUACACAUUGUCGAGAACAUUAUAAUGUAUUAGAUUAGCUACCCCGGUAUAUAAUUAUAGUGGGCAUGAGAAAUUGUCUAAACAAUAAUUAUGUUGCUUUGCAUGUGUUACAUAAUAAUUGUUGCUGUAAAAUUUAUGAAAUAAUAAUUUGUAGAAAUGAUAAUUAUAGUAAAACUAAUAAGUAUUAAUUUUUUAGCAACCAAGUCAUAAUAAAGAGAGCAGAUCGAGGCACACUAUCCUUUAGUUUU